AUGUCAGAGCGAGCAGAGCGACUAUCCGGUCUCCAAAAUGGUCUUGUGGGCUCUGUUGCCGGCAUGAUCGAAGUGGUCUUACAGCAGCCGACUGUGGCUAUGAAGAACGCGGUGCAGCAGGGUCGUCCCAUCCAGUGGUCCCCAUGGGCACUCUACCGCGGUGUGGGCGUCUCGCUGGCCUCCAUCGCACCCGUGACCGCCCUCCAGUUCGCAGUAAAUGGCCGCUUGCUGCGUUGUUUGACGACAUCAGGAAGAGCACCCUCGGACCAAACUAAACUGUUGUGUGGCAUCCUGUCCGGCAUCUCGUCGGCGGCGGUUAGCGCGCCCGCGGAGCUCAUCAUGACGCUCCAGCAGAACAAUGAGAAGAGCUUUGGGGCUACCCUCAAGGAUGUGGCUCGAGCUCAUGGCGUGAUGCGACUGCUAAGAGGAUUCACAGCGACGGCUGUGCGAGAAGCGGUUUGGUGCGCUGGGUACUUAGCGCUGGCCCCAGUCUUGACGCGUGAGACGCACAAAUUGUGUCCCGCCACUUUUGGCCAUGUGGACAAUGCUACCAAGUCGCAGAGGGCGAUGGCCUCAAUUGCCGGCUGCAUUGCUGCCGGUCUCAUCACUGUGGUGGCUACUCAGCCCGUGGACACGGUUAAGACCGUCAUGCAAGGAGAGGCCAUGACGCUGCCCUCGGGUCAUGCGCCCAGCACUCUUGCUAGGGUUACGAGUAUCUACCGCAAAGGAGGCCUCCCUCGAUUCUAUCGCGGCAUCGUGCCGAGAGGAUGCCGCUUGAUCGGCGCCGUCUUCAUCUUAGGUCAAUCGCGUACAUGGCUCGAGGAGAUUAUCGAGGAGCACGCGCUACUCAACUUUUAG